UGCAGAGUGCGGCACUCAUUCUCACCACCGUUGCGUGGCGCUGUGCCCCCGUCUCAGCCACUCGCAAGCCUCGCGUCUCCCACACCCUGCGUCCCCGACUUGCCCAGGCCACUGCAACGACAACAUCACAGAUCUUCUCAUCCUCCUCUCGGCCGUCAAGCCACCAUCCCUCCUCCUCGCUCCUCAUCGCUAACUCGCUCGCUCGUCUUCGUUUAACAUCGUCUUACUAGUAACGCGUUGUCGUCGUUGUAAGUCAUUAUUAUUUUGUUCUUAUCUUCACCAUUGCUUUUGUUAACAUCGUUCAAAAGGAAUAUCGCUUCAGCUAUGGGCUGGAACGAAUAACAGCAACACGCGUUCUAUUUUUAGCGGCUAUUUAUAGCUUCGUCGUUUUAAAACGUUGCUUUAUUAUUAUUAUGAUUAACGUUACGACAACGAGUGGUGCGGAGUGUUGUAAUACGUAUAGUCUGCGUGCUCCUAUUUAAACGAAUGCGACAAGCGAGGCUUCGAUCUGCGAUGGCAGGGGACAGCGUUGAAGCCCGUCUUUAGGUGCGGCAUGGUGACGCCACAUCGCUGUGUUAAUAGCAAGCGGUGAGCUGACGAGUCACUGUAAUUGUAUAGGAGCAGCAGUGAUCGUGACAGCGUCGUUAUCCUCAUUAUUUCAAUAGGCGUCAGCGAAAGGUCAUGACAUACAGUAGUCGCGGUCAUAUUACAAUACUUAUUAUAUUCAUUAUCGGAUUGUGCCACUAUUGAUAACAAUAAUCGGAUUAUUAUAGUUACAGUGAUCAGCUGAUAAUAAUUUAUAAUAUUGUGACAAUACAUAUCUGAUCAUGUUAUAUCGCCUAUAAAUUAGCUUCAUUAUUCAUCGUCUUCAUUAUCAUCAAUAAUAUUACAGUGGUUAACCAUGCAGCAGUAGUAGAUCAGCGAGUCUCCAAUGUAGCAUAAUAAUUAUUAUUUACAUACAUCUAUAGCCAUAGCACUGGAGUAGUUGUUGCAGUGGCAGUUAUUAGUGAGCCGUCAGUCUGCCAUUGCUGUAGCACUACCAGUGCUGGAGUAGUAGUGGUGUAGUUGUAGAGAGCCAGUAGGCUAUCAUUACUGUAGCACUACCAGUGCUGGAGUAGUAGUGGUGUAGUUGUAGAGACCCAGUAGGCUAUCAUUACUCCAGCACUACCAGUGCUGGAGUAGUAGUGGUGUAGUUGUAGAGAGCCAGUAGGCUAUCAUUACUCGAGCACUACACGUGCUUGUAGGCGAGCGUGUGCGCCAUGGCCCGCCUGCGUAACUUCAGCACCUGGGAGCUGUCCAGCGAGGAGGCAGGGCGCGCCGGGAGCCCCCAGGGCGCCUGCGAGACACGCUUCUCAGUGCCCGGGGGGCGCCCGUGUAGCCCCGAGGGCAUCGAGGGCUCGCAGCCCAGCCCCUGGCCGUGGGAGAGAUUCACGUCGUGGCUACAUAGCAUCUGCGUGGUGACGUUUGACCUGGAGCUCGGGCAAGCCAUAGAGCUCAUCUAUCCACCACAUGCCAAACUCACGGAAAAAGAGAAAAUGAACGUCUGCUACUUGGCCUUCCCGGACUCCAACUCAGGUUGCCACGGCGACACGCAAUUCAGCUUCCGAUUCCGGAGGUCGGCUUGCUGGAAGGCGUCGCCACGCAACGCGCACGGGCAGCCAGACGAGCAGCACCUGCCUACGCUGCUCCAGAGCGACCCUCACUUUCUCUACGGCUACGUCUACUUUCGUCAAGUGAGAGACAAGAGUCUGCGCCGGGGCUACUUCCAGAAGUCAGUGGUGCUCCUGACCAGCCUGCCCUACCUGUGCCUCUACUCCACCGUGGUCCGCCUCAUCGCCCCCGAGUACUUUGACAAGUUGGAGCCCUGCAUGGAGGCUGCUUGCAAUGACAUUGAUCGCUGGCCGCCACUCGUGGCGGGGAAGACGCUGAGCCUGCCGAUCAUGGGGGUCGUCAUCCAGGUGAGAAUCCCGACUCGCAACGAGAAGUUGGGAGCAGCUCCGCUCAAGCAAACCCCAACGGAGAAUCUUCUUCCCGCUCCGCUGGUGCUUCCGACCGUCCACGAACCCGACCUCUUUAGGGCAUUGUCUCCAGUGCUGCCCCACGUGCAGCUGCUGUGGGAGUUGGUGCUGCUCGGCGAGCCGCUCGUCGUGAUGGCCACGUCACCGAGCGUCACGUCCGACAGCGUGCUGGCCUUAGUCAGCUGCAUCGCACCGCUGAGGUUCUGCAGCGACUUCCGGCCAUACUUCACCAUCCACGACCCGGAAUUCCGGGAGAUAACCACGCGCACGCAGGCGCCCCCGUCGGUCAUUCUCGGUGUCACGAACCCAUUCUUCGCCAAGACUCUUCAGCACUGGCCUCACAUCCUUCGCAUCGGGGAGACACGGCCCUCGGCAGGUGAGCAGCCGCGGCAGGUGAAGCUACGCAAGGCGGGCAAGCUCAAGGCACUGGAUGCCAAACCAGGAGUCUACACGGCACACAAACCCUUUCUGGUCCGAGACCGAGCGAUCGUCAAACGGCUGCUCAAGGGCGUCCAGAGGAAACGCCCCGUGGAGGUGCAGAGCGCCAUUCUGCGCAGGUACCUGCUGGAGCUCACGCAGAGCUUCAUCAUCCCGCUGGAGCGCUACGUGGCCAGCCUCAUGCCCUUGCAGAAGAGCGUCGCGCCCUUCAAGAGCCCCCCGCAGGUCCGUCCCUUCGUGGUGGACGAGUUCGUGGCGACGCUGCAGCACGCCGGCCCGCAGCUCACGUCGCCUCUCCGUGGAGACUGGCAGGGCCUGUACCGCCGGUUCCUCCGGUCUCAAAACUUCGAGGGCUGGCUGUCGGCUCGACGGCGCGACAUGAACCACAAGCUUGAGCUCCUGCACAUGGAAGCCCUCCUCAACGCAGACGUGGGUGGGUGGGUGUCGGGGCGGAGUGAAGUGGAGGCCGUGGAUCUGGUCUUGCAGUUGCAAGACAAACUUCUGCUGGCGGAGCGUGCCGGACUGUCGUUGCCUGAAGACACUCAGGCCAAGCUGCGGGCGUGCAUGCACACAGCUCUGGGGGCCUUGCCCAAGGACCUGCAAGCGGUUCUGAGCCGAAUGUAAUUCCACGCAGUGACAUUCGGGGGUUUGCCACCUUUGAGAUAAAAAGACAAAUUGUGGAACACGUCGCGGGAAGGAGAAUAUCCCGCAGUACAGGAAGAAGCGUAGGUACAUGUAUGGGCUUGAGCGCUGCGUUAUUACCCAACUGACAGAAAAAAUCUGGGCUUCUCAUGUCCCCGGGACGAUUUGCAGAUUUCCCAGGGCAGCGGCCUCACCAAGAGUGCGGUCGUGGGAAAGCCAGGUCAGGUGGUAACGCUAAAGGAUCACAAUUAUGUAAUUGUCCACAUUGGGGAAUCAAUUUACCCCAAAACCAGGGAUCGACAACCUGCGGAUCCGGAGCCGCAUGCGGCUCUUUAAGCACUCCUUCGUGAAGCUGUUUACUAAGGGCCACCGCCUGGUAUUCACGUGUGCAUUGCGGCUCUUUCAAUAUUGUUGUUAUUCUUUUGUCAACAAAUUCGAAAAAAAAUGGCUCCUCUUGUUAUUCUGGUUGGCGACCCCUAGCCCCGUACUAAGUAGCUGCAAGACUGUUUGUGCAUUCUUUAUUUUAAAUGUGCGCACUGUUGCCAAGCUCGAUUUGUAUAACACAGGUUCGGCAUUUUACCCGUUACUAAAUAGUAGGCGUGUAACGGUGCGUCGAUUAAUCGAUUUAAAUCGAUCGUUAUGGUCACGAAACAUAGAUUCAAACCGUCCAUGUGAGAGAAUGGAUCACUUUUGAUUUAUAUGCAAAUCACACGCACAUUAUGUACUCUUACUAAUGUAGUAGCAGCAGAAGGAGAAGAAGACAUUAAAAACAAUUAAGCAAA